AUGACGAUGGAUCAUAAAGAUAAAACUCGCGAAGUAGAACUUGGGUCCCGCCAAGAUAUUUCUCCUUCUCUAAUGGAUGGUGAGAUACGAGACGAGCUAUCACCGAGCCAACACCAAAGAUGGCGAGGCCUUGUGUUAGAUAUAGAAGAAUCAAGAGGAGCACAAGAAGAGGAAGCUCAUGGAUCCUCAACUCCAAGUCCUGUUUCCAAAAGGUUCAAGUUCUCUCCAAUGUCAAGCCCUAGAAUCGGGAGACGUGUUGCAUCCAUGAGCCCUUGCUCCUCUUCUUCAAGACACAUAAAUCUCUUGAACUUGAAAAACCGGAACAACAACAAUGCAGAUAUUGAGGAAGGUGUGGCUUCGGUUCCAAGAACAUGGUCCCUCACUAAUCUCUUAACUCCUAGAAAAUACAGAAAGACAGAGUCUUUACCUGUUACCCCUGUAGCUCACUCAAACCCUGAGUCCAUGCACGGAAGCUAUGCCGUUACUUCCAUGAGAAGAGAGCGUGCACUGCCUAUUCGCCGUUCACGCUCUGUCCCGGCGCUCAUCAACAAAGAUGGCAGUGUAAAGGCGUUAGGAUAUCUCCGUGUGAUUCCGACUCCAUCUCGUGGGGAUAAUGAGAGUCUAGAGAUGAAGCAGGCGACAAAAAAGGAUGAAAAUGGUGAAGAUGUUCCUGAAGAAGAAGCUGUGUGUAGAAUCUGUAUGGUUGAGUUGGGACAAGAUUCAGAAGCUUUCAAGAUGGAGUGUAUGUGCAAAGGAGAGUUAGCUUUGGCCCACAAAGAGUGUACGAUCAAAUGGUUCACGAUUAAAGGGAACCUAACGUGUGAUGUGUGUAAGCAACAGGUGAAGAAUCUCCCCGUGACGCUUCUCCGUGUCUCUCAGGGUGAUCAGUCUAGAGAAGCCGAUGGUAACAACGAGCUUUCACGGUUCAGUGAGUGGCAAGAUGUGCCGAUUCUUGUCAUCGUGAGCAUGCUUGCCUACUUCUGUUUCCUCGAGCAGCUUCUUGUCGUGCAAAUGAAAUCUAGCGCCGUCGCAGUUGCUUUGCCCUUUUCCUGCGUCGUUGGUCUUCUUGCGUCGAUGAUAUCAACAACGAUGGUGACGAAGAAGUAUGUGUGGAUCUUCGCAACCAUUCAGUUCGGUUUUGUGGUCCUUUUCGCUCAUCUUUUCUACUCAGUUGUUAAGCAGGCGGUUAUGUGUAUUGUCUUAUCCACUAUGAUCGGAUUUGGACUGACGAUGUCCGGCACAACGGCUAUUAAUGAGUAUAGGAAAUGGAGGAGAAAUCAUACUCACGCGCCACCGAGCACUCAGGUGGAUCCAUCACAGUCUCAGACAGCAGAGUAG